ACACCCACACUAGCCAAGUAGAAUGUGUUUUAAGACGGUGUGGUCGAACGUGUACGCUACUUUACGAGCAUUGUUCAAUGUGUCACGUGGACGUGUGGAAAGGUAGGCGCGAGCGCGCCUAUCAAACGGUGAAUGUAUAUAUUUAGAUGUGUUUAUGCGUGUGUAUGUGAGAAAAUACGUCACACUGAUACGCGUGCCGCAUGGAAAUAGAGCCGUGUGCGAAUGUACUGCUAGUAGAAGAACUUGACAUGUGGGCAGAGCUACAGAUAAGAUUAUACGAAGCCGCUCUAGCCAACGUUUUCGACCUGAAUUUUUAUUGCAAUUUUUAUAUUAUUCGUAUUGCGUGUAGGUUCGCUUUUCCGAGUUUCCUCGGUGUGUUCGUCGUUACGUACAACGAUGUGAGAUUGAAUUCUAUUCCGUCGUGCAAUAGAUACACUCUGCCACUCAAGAUACGACGAAAAUCGAGAAAAUUUCACUCUCGAGGUUGAAAAUUUGCCGAGUAUAUACGAAUCCACCUAAUUCCCAAAUAGACGGAGUAUAAUUGACAAGGAGGUUGUUCUAUAUCCAAAAAUAAGUCGGAAACGUGUAGUACAAUUUUUUCGUCGGAGGCUCCGUUUCCGAGAAAAUCAAAUUUUCAAACGGUGUAUACCGCUGUUUUCUUUAAGACGAGGCCACAAGUGAAAAAAUUGUACUCUACAUUUUUAUAUUUAGAGUAACCUUCGACCAAUCGUCCACCUCUUAUCUGUCUACAAUCAGCAAAAAAUACAUGCGUAUACUUAACAAAGUAUACUUAAUAUACUUUUCAAGUGUAAUCACCUAAUGCAUGAAGCCUCGAGCGUAAUUUUGUUAUUCUACGUUUUAUUUCGUUUCACGGAAACGCCUCUGAACCUCUCUUACGCCGCGAACGUUAAAAAUAUACACAACGAAGCAUCAUCAACGGCGAUACAAAUGAAAUAAAAAAAUUGCCAUGGAGAACCGCGUCAAAGGCUUAAUUCUAGCAGUAUAUCUUCGACUUUUAUGAGGAAUUUAGGUCCACGAUGUAUACGAGUUUCGAGGUUCACGACAGCUUCAGAUUGUAGGUUCCUACGUAUAAGAGGCGAUCCUGGUAGUCGGUGCGUGGGUAUUGCUGGCAAGAACAAUUGGAUUGUUGUAAGAGGAUAUUUUUAUAGCUUUAUGCACGGCAUUUUUAAUACGGAUGAAUAGGAAAUGGGAAGUGGCGGUGAGGGUCGGUAGUGGGAAUUCUGGAAAAUGGCUUCUAUACGCGCAACUCUGAGAUUGGCCUUUGUUUGAUGACCGGGGAAAAUCGGUGGCUGUGAAACCGUUUUGCUUGUUACAACAAGCAACUUUGCGCGCUUCUAUACGCCUCUAGUUAACACGUGCGCUCUCAGAGCUACGGGCUUUGUUGAUCCGCUACGUUUUCUUGGUAAACAGCUCUAGAAGGAAAGAGUAUCGGCGGGAAAUUUUUAAAUAAUAUCAUGGAAAUAUAACGCAUAUUUCGCAAAGAAAUCAUUCACAGGCUCGAUUGUAUAUAGUUUCUCACCACCAGUUAUUUUCCCCGCUCGUUUACAUAAUUACUCGUUCACGCUAGCAAUGACCCAUAUCGUUUCCGCUCUAUGAACAGUUUCCUCAGUUUCGUUCAUUUCUAUGAUAAAGAGAAAUCUCUGGAAAUAGAUUGGAAAUUUUCAGAUUGCGAUAAUCCGGCUAAGUUAAUUAUAGGAGAAAUCGAAUGGUGCGUUUGUCAAAGUUCUUCGCUAAUUUCCAUGCGAUUGGCGGCAAAAAUAGAAAAAGAAGCGCUAUAUACGCCUUCUUGUUCGCCAACACGUCAGUACGUGUCACACUACAUUCUCCUGACUGGCGUAAGCGGCACAAGUGGCUUUAUACAUACAUAUGUAUGCAAUGUAAAUAAGCGUGCACGUAAUGUAAGCGGCGCGCAAAAAUACCCGUAAUACUAAAUUAUCGGUACAAGCGGCAGCGAACUGCGUUGCCGAUAAAUCUGCACUUAUUUUAAUUAAUCCCGUUAAAGAACGUGAAAGUCUUGCCACAUUGCCAACACCGCGUACCCAGUCGAAGCGUCUUAGGUGUCGAUUGGAAUUUAAUUCAAACGAAAAUACAAAGUUAUCGUCCGUGUAACCGUGUUCUGUUCCCUUUUUAACAGACAGAAUUUAUUACCGACGUUGUAUCGCCGCUCCUAUUAUUUCCUUCCUCCUACCUGUUAAAUUCGUAAACGUUAUUAUAUCUUGCAUUUUAAUCUAUGAUUUCGAACGGUUGUACGUCUUGUAUAAGUCUAAGGUUGUAUGAGUUUCUUUUAUUUUUUAAUGGGGAAACUGGUUACACGUCCUGGAAUCUCGUAAACGGAACGAGUUGAAUAAAUAGCAAUAGAAGGCACGAGUCCUCGAGCACAGAUCCACGACUCGAGAUGUUCGUUAUUUUUGUUGCAAUUAUAAAGAUAAAUAUUCAUCAAGCCGCUUUCGUUCACGUGCCGCCAUCUGGGGAAAUGCAAUAAACAUUCGCAGAUGGCGCUGCAAUGACUUCUAGAAUUUGAAGCAGUUCGAAUUCGCGGUUUCAUAGUCGGAAUAAAGCUUCUUGCGAAAAAAGCGCGAGUUAUUACGAAACAUUAACGAAGUGGUUUGCAAUUGUGACAAAUUGUUAAUCUAUAGAUAGAAGGAACACAUAAGUAACUUUGAAACAACGAAAAUUUCCAGGAAUAAUACAUAGUCGCGCGUUCAAGCAGACGACGCGACGCUAUUGUAGCGACCACGUGAAAUUUGUGUCUUGUUUAUUGAAGAAAUAUGGGUAGGAAAAUCCCAGGAAAAAAGCACAGAGGCGUAAAAGAUCCUCUUAAGCAACAGGCAAAACGACUGGCAGAGUUAGAAACAAAGAUAAAUGCACCGCCAAAAAAUGCAGACGAACAAGCUAUACCGAAAACUUUAGAAAGAGUAGUGAAAUUGAAAGAGGCAGUGAAGUCAGGGAAAAUAACCAAAGUCAAGAAAAAGAAAAAGAAGAAAAAUGCCCUCAUAUCUGUCGGUGAUAGGUUGUGCUCUAAGCCUUUACAUCCAAAGGCUAGACCAGAUAAAGUUGUUCCUGUAUUUCAACAGAGACCUGGCGAAAGUGAGGAUAGAUUUUUGCACAGAGUUAACAGGGAUACUUACGCCUUUAUUAAUGAAACUGCCUUUGAAAGGAAAUAUAGUGUUCAAGUCAAUCGGAAUCCAGAUACAGGAGAGAUAGAGGGGCUUUCGAAAUGUGAAAAAACUGAGGUAGAUGAAAUUGAGAUGUUGAGGACAAAGCAUAAAAAUAUUAAAAAAAAGAAGAAAAGGAAAGAUACUGAUGAACCUAAAAUGAGUAAGUCAGAGAAGAGGAGAGAAAAAUUGAAAUCCAGGAAACAAAAACAAAUGGAAGAGAAAGUAGAUGAAUUUGAUACUUUUAAAGAUCACGUUAAAUUUGGAGAAGUUGCUCAUGAACCACCUCAAUUAAAAGUCAGGCCAAAACAUGCUGACAAUAUAAGUAUCUUUAAGCCUGGAAAAAAAAAACUGCUUCUUCAUUCAAUACUUAAAAAGAGUGAGAAGACAAAAAUGAGGACUAAGAAAACGAUAGCCAUAGAUAGGUCAGGAAAACGCAAGAAUCUACCAGUUGGAGAAAGGAGACAGUUAGAAAAACAGCAAAGUGAUAUCAUAGCAGCAUACAGAAUGUUAAAAGCACAACGGUCGGCUGGUGUUAACAACUAGGGAAGGAAAUGCGGUGAACGUUCGUGAAAAUCGGAAUAAAAGGAAACGCUUGAAAACGAACUCGUCUGGUAGAAGCGCCGAUCUUCGAACGAUCGACGUCUUCCGUGAUCGAAUAAUCUACGUGACUGGCCACGUGACUGCCGCUCCGCAAACAG